AUGUCACUAAUAGCCGCGUCCAUCAUCCUAGUCCUCUUGAUCGCCCUCUUCAUCCCUCACCACUUCGAACUCAAUCGUGUCCAGUUAUUCAGCCUCCUCAUCAUCGCCGCACUCACCGCUAUGGAGCUCUACACAAGCGAUCAAGCCCUCCUCGCUUACAGCCACGACCUUCAGUCAUGCAAUCACGCCCUCAAUGUGACCGUGCAAAAGGGGGUAGUACAAGCGCACAAGCACAGCCAUCACAUGGCUGGAAUGGCUGCUUUGAGAACUAAUCUAGGUGAGUGUCUAGAAGAGAGGGAUGUGCUAAGGCGCAACGAGAAGGACUGCUACGCGCGUUCUAAGGUGGACGAGCAAAGCCUUGAGUGGAUUAGGAAGAUCGUGGAUGGUAUGCCAGAACGGAUGAAGGAAGAUAUUUGCGCGGGUGGAAAGGAAGGAGAGAAGAAGAAGGAAGGGCAAGGGGAAACGGCAGGAGAGGAUGACGCGGAAGGAGAUAAGGCCGAGUAG